CAGACUGCAACGCAAGCCACUUAUAAAAGCAACCGCAGCAAAAGUUACUAAAAAUAGGUAGUAUCAAUAAAGCCCUAAAUAGGGCUGCGAGGAUUAGGACAAAGAAUUUGGCGCACCUCGUUCCUAUUCGUUAUCUUAUCAUAUCUCGUUGAUAAAGCCAUUAUCAACGAGCACACAAUGUACCCGCGAGCCAGUCCGAGACCGCUGUAGUCUGGCACCUGUCGUUUUUGCACGUAUAAACGUAUAGAAAAAAUUGAUAACAAAUUAGUCUCAAAUAAUGUAAGUGCAAGUACCAAAACAAUGGGUGUGAUCAAGUUAGCUUUAAUAGUACUCUUAGUUAGUGUAAGUGUUAGAGGACAGGACCCUAUUGUUAAUGAAGAUGAGAAAACUGUUAGUGAAGUAAGUAAUGUGAUUGAUGAAGAAGCAGUAGUGCCAGAAGAAAAUGUUGAACCGGCGGCAGCAGCUGUUGUUGAAGAGACUGAAGUAGAAAACACAGAUAAUGCUGCUGAAGUGAUAUCAGAAUCUGACCCGCUUCUAGUGAGAAGUGGGAAGUACCAAGUCCUGAGUGAUGCGUUGACAGGGGAUGCACCUACUGAGCUGGAAGCUGUGAACAUCGACCCCAACGGUGGGCAAAGUGAGAGACAACUGCUGAUGCCCAGUACAACGGCCCCGUCAAACACUUAUGAUCAAUAUGCCCACAUAGACGGCAGGGUACUCCCGUCCACGACCUAUCAGAACAACGGACAGCCAUACGUGAUUACCAACCAGCGUCUCCAGCAGAUCAGGUCCAACUUCAUGUACUGGUUCUACGACAUGGGCGGCAAUGAGAACAUCGGCGAUUACCAGCGGGAUAUCCACACCUCCACGCCACAGAUUCACAAGAACUUCAACUUCCAACUACCCUUCUUUGGGUUCAGAUUCAAUUAUACGAGGUUAUCAAUGAACGGCUACAUCUACUUCAGCGAUCCGCCAGACCACUACACAUAUCCACUGUCGUUCCCCGUCCGUGAUUGGCCAAACGUCAACGAUCCUUCUUUCAUCGGUAUCUUCUUCAGCAAGUGCCGUAUUGGCAGCAUGAGGCCUGAAGACCCUGACCAGAGAAGACCCGGAGUUUACUUCAGACUUGACAGAGAUUUACAGACCCGUACCGACCAGCUGGGUGUGGAGAUGAGGGAGCGAGUUACGUGGGACAUCCGCGAGGGAGUCAUCGGCUCCGAGACAUUCUUCCCCAAACACGCCGUCACCAUCACCUGGAAGAACAUGUCUUUCGCUGGCGGUAUCGACAACUCCUUAUUCAUGACAAAUACGUUCCAAAUGGUGCUGGCCACGGAUGAAGUGUUCACAUACGCUAUCUUCAACUACCUGGAGAUCAACUGGAGCUCGCACACGGAGGCUGGUGGCGAUACCACUACUGGGGAAGGAGGUGUCCCUGCUUAUAUUGGAUUUAACGCCGGUAAUGCCACAAGGAGCUACGAGUACAAGCCGUAUUCACAAGCAUCCGUGCUUAGAGAUCUAACUGGAAGAGGCUGGGCCAACGGCUUCCCGGGCCGACACAUAUUCAGGAUAGACGAAAAUAUACUCAUGGGCACUUGUAAUAAGGAUAUUGAUGGUGCUAACCUCCCGCUGAUGUUCGCCCCCGAGAGCGGCAACAUGCUUGGGGGCACCAUCGUCAACAUCACGGGCCCUUGCUUCAACCCCAAUGACCGUAUCACCUGCCGCUUUGACACGGAAGCCGUGGUUGGUGCCGUGGUUGACGUCAACCGAGCCAUUUGUGUGCAACCACGGUUCUGGCACAACGGCUACGCCAGGUUCGAAAUCGCCAUCAACAACGAACCUUACAAGUGGAAAGGAAAGUUCUUCGUCGAAACACCCGCGACGGCCGCUGAGAAGAUCUUCUUCUCCGAUAACUCCGUCCACGAACGCUAUCCUCCAGAGGUCAAAAUUACUUGGGACCGCUUCAACUUGACCACCAACCUUAACGUUCAACUGCAGAUCAGCUUGUGGGGCUAUAAAGAAGUGACCAUCAGACCACAGCUUGAAUUCAUCGACAUGAUCGAAACAGGAGUCGCAAAUACUGGAGAGUACAUUAUAAACCCACAGAACUUUAGAAACAGGGAGAAUAUCAUGCAUAACGACAUGCAGUUCGGAUUCCUUCAAAUCAAUUUGACGACCCCUGAAGUUUAUAAAGGAGUCACAAUAUCUCCGAUCCUAUGGAGUCGUCCUAUUCCCCUAGGCUGGUACUUCGCUCCGCAAUGGGAGAGGAUCCACGGACAGCGCUGGCCACAUACUAUGUGCAACAACUGGCUCCGAACAGACAGAUUCCUCAAGAACUUCGCUUCUCAAGUGUGGGUGUGUCCUUGCACCUUGGAGCACGCGCUUUUGGACAAGGGUCGAUUCAUGCCGGACGUCAACUGCGAUAGAGAUUUGAACCCGACGUGCAGAUAUCACUGGGGAGCUAUUCACUGCGUCAAGAGUGGGUCUCCAAGUGCGGAAGGAUCUGGUCAGCAAUGCUGCUACGACAAGAACGGUUUCCUCAUGUUGUCAUACGAUCAGAUGUGGGGAUCGCGUCCCCUGCGUUCCCACGACUUUGGAUUCACUCCAUACAAUGAGGCCAACAAGGUGCCGUCGCUGUCCAAUUGGUUCCACGACAUGAUCCCGUUCUACCAGUGCUGCAUGUGGCAAGAAGAGCAGGCUGUUGGUUGCGAAACCUUCAGAUUCGAACGUCGUCCAUCGCAAGACUGCGUGGCUUACCAGUCUCCAGGUGUGGCUGGGAUAUUUGGUGAUCCGCAUAUUGUUACCUUCGACGACCUGCAGUAUACCUUCAACGGCAAAGGUGAAUACGUGCUGGUGAGGGUGGACCACCCGCAGUUUAAGCUGGAUGUCCAAGGUCGCUUCGAGCAGGUCCCGAGGAAUAUCUACGGCGAGGUCAACGCGACUCAAAUCACAUCCAUUGUAGCGGCGUCCAACAACUCAGUGCCGGUUGAAGUGCGACUUCGUCCUCAACACGCCCAAUGGCGUUACAGGCUGGACGUUUUCGCGGACAACAAGCGAGUUUACUUCGACAGACCUGCACUCAGAGUACAGUACUUCCCAGGUGUGACAGUGUACCAGCCUAUGUACGUCCUCAACCAAUCGGAGAUCGUCAUCAUGUUCGCGUCGGGCGCAGGAAUCGAGGUGGUUGAGAACAGAGGCUUUAUGAGUGCCAGGGUCUACCUGCCGUGGACUUACAUGAAUCAAACUCGAGGAUUAUUUGGCAACUGGUCACUAGACGUAAAUGACGACUUCACGAGACCUGACGGAACCUUAGCUCCUGUCAAUCUGAACAACUUCCAGUCGGCACACAGAGACUUUGCUCAAUAUUGGCAAUUAUCAGAUCGAGAGCAGCGAGACAUAGGAGUGGCUCUCUUUAUGAGAGAGUACGGCCGAACAGCAGCUUACUUCAACGACAACAAUUUCAUACCGAACUUCAUCCGGGAACCAGCUGACUUCCUGCCCGUGAACAGAUCGCAUGACGUGGCCCGAGCCAUCGACCUGUGCCAGGACUCGUACCAGUGUCGAUAUGACUACGGCAUGACUCUCAACAGAGACAUGGCUGAGUUUACUAAGAACUACUUGGCCUCCAUUACCAAUAUAAAGGAGCAAAACGCACGACGCGUCGUCAGUUGCGGAAUUUUGGAAACGCCUCGCUUUGGUCGGAAGAGUAACUUCUUCUUCACUCCUGGUACAAGGGUGAAUUUCGAGUGCAAUCAAGACUUCAUCCUGAUCGGUGACAAACGACGAAUUUGCGAGGACAACGGUCGAUGGAACCUGCCAGACUAUGGGUACACCGAAUGCCUACGUAACCAGGAGUAUUCUCAACGCGCCCUGUUUCUGACCUGGGGCGUCAUAGUGGCAGUUAUUCUACCGUUAGGCCUCCUCAUUUGCCUCUGUUGGUUCUGGUGCUGGCACAAGCCUCGCUCCGAAGGCAAACAGGGCUUCCGAUUCGAAGACAUUCCGCGAUCCAAAUCUGCGUCUAGACUUAACCUUCGAACAGCAUCAAUGGGAAACCUUACGGAUACCAUGAAAUCAUCCACGUUACGUAGUCAAAAUUCUGAUGAAAAGCCUAAAUUAGGAUCGGACUAUAGUCCCUCUGAAGAAGCUCCUUUAAAACAAAAUAUUAUAACGAGGGCCGCCCCCGCACCCCCCGGAGCCCAAGAUGGGGAUAGCUCUGGAAUAGGUUACUCAGACUCCAACAAAAGUGAUUCUGGCAAAUCGGAUAAGUCUGGCUUACCCAAAAAGCGUCGUUAUGACAAAACUUAUCGUACACACGAGCCUUUGCCUAACGCCCCUGAUGUAGAUUUCCCUGAGAAACUAUGGGACUUAUCCGAAGAGGAUUUAUUGUCUCUGACUUCUCCGUCUGAUACGGAGUCCAAUCGUGACUCAACUCUGACUCGUCCAGCGAAGGAUAUAGAGUAUAUCAGCAAACCUCGUCAAACUGGUCGCCAUGCUCUAGCCAGUGACUCUGGCUACUCUACUACUAAGGAUGGGUCUGAGGAUCCUUAUGCCCCUAAAUUCGAGGGUCAAUACAGCCCUAUAUCGUCCCACUACUCUCCUACUUACUCUGAUAUUUAUUCUCCCCCCAUAAGUCCGACUUCAGAUCUAAGUCCAAGGAACACGUAUAAUAAUCCUGGACUACCCGAGCCCCCCAAGAGUGCUCCUGCCGAUCAGAUAAAGACGUUUACCCUCCCUCCAAAGAGAGGAAAGCAAGAGUACUCGUCGCGUACCCUGGGUGCCACCUGGGGGAUCAUCAGCGCGGUGAUGCUACCGAUUGUGGUGGUGCUCAUCUGCGUCGGGUGGCGGAUCCUCAAGCGACGCAAGGCCGAAGAGAAAGAGGAGAAUGAGUACUUCGCCGUCAAAUCGCGCCCAAUCGACCCAGACGAAUCAAUGAAGAUAAAUUCGGAUGACGACAGUAUCCCGUACAAGAAGGGCAUAACCGAGGACAGUCCUGAACCGACUGACCCAGUGAAGGUUGUGGAUACUGCUUUGACGAGCUCGGACCCUGGCUAUGGUCAAGCAUACCAGCCCUACAGUUCACAAGCGCAGCCCUACGCCUCGCAACCGCUAGCCUACGACCCCCAAACGCAGGCAUACGACCCACAACCCCAAACCUACGACCCCCAACCCCAAACCUACGACCCCCAGGCAUACGACCCACAGCCACAAGCAUACGAUCCUAACCCAGAACCUGAACAAAGCAGGCAAUGGAGUGGUGAAACUGAGAUCAACUAAGUUUAGUCUACUAAGAUUAUUUAUAGAUUUUUUUUUUUCAAUGUUUGUUUCUAAUUACAUUUCUUGUAUUUUAGAUAUUUUUCUAAAUGUAUGCGUAGUGUAAGAUUAGUCCUUCAAAGGACUAUUUUAUAGAAUUUUGCUAUUAGAAAAAUGUAUCCCACCCUGCAAUUUAUAGGAUAAAUUAUUUGAUAUGUUAUCAAUGAUAACCCUCACUUCAACCUACGGUACAAUUGAGAAAUCACUUGACUUCGAAGUCAAUUAAAACAAUCUUUAGGCCAGGCGCGCACUACGAGUUUUUCGCCGCGCGGCAGAAAAAAGUAGCGGCAUAAUGUCGCACUGUAAUACUGUACCAAACAGUUUUAAAUUGUAUUGCGCGCACUUAACGGCAGAGCCGCCGCUGCGGCGCAGUAUUACAGUACGACAUUAUGCCGCUGCGCGAAAAACUCGUAGUGCGAGGCUGGCCUUAGUCUAAAAGGCCGUAAGCCACUAAGGAGUAAGGGUGAGCGCACGCGGACUGUCUGUACUGCUCACACUUACCUACGCGGUGCGGUAAUGAGAUUGUUGUAUGGAGUGUCCUACUAACAAUACACACAUACAUAAACUCACGCCUAUUUCCCACCGGGGUAAGCAGAGACUAUACUAAUUCCAUUUGCUUCGAUCCUGAGAUACUUCUCUUGCUUCCUCCACAUUCCUCAAUCGUUUCAUACACGCACGCCGGUUCAGAGUAGAUCGUACUGAAACUUUUCUAAGGACAUCUCCAAUUUGUUAAAUGUACGUCCUUAUAGGACGUGCGCUCUAUCUACGGAACGAGAUUCGAGAGACUUGAGAUUUGGAACUUCAGCUUGACGUGGAAACCUUGAAUGUGAAUAAACUUUACUAUACAUGACAACACAAAGAAAAUUCAACUAUACCUAUAGCUACUUAUAGUAAGUACCUACUUAACCAUAAAAGGUACCUACACUUAGUCUGUGCCUAUUGUAAUAAUGUGACCUACUUAGCUAAGUAAUACCUAUAAGAUUUCUGAAAUUCCAUUUCUCUUUGUUUUACUUAGUACCAAUUUUAUUUACUUACCUACUAUUUGAAAUAUUACGAGUUACGUACUUUCUGUUUCAUUUGUAUUCAAUAAAAUAUAAUAGUUAAUAAUGUCAGUUUCUUUUUAACACCUCUAAGCAAUCAUAGCUUAGUGGUAAGUAGAAUUUCCCUUGCAUCCUUUUCCGGGUAAGUAGUUUAAAGUUUUACUUCAAAUGCCAACGUCGUAAGGCAAAAGAAACUGCGUCUUUCUGCCUUUCUUCACAUAAGACAGAACAUAAUCCUCUUUUUUUACUUAUAAUUAUAAGAAUUAAAAUUGAAAACAUAUUUUAACGUACUUUCGUUUCGCCCUCCUACCCACCAAUAGCUAUUUAUAGAUUGCUUUGAAUGGUGCCCAGUUGUACCAAUAUUUUUUUUGGGUACGGAACCGUCGGCGUCGGGGCGCAAGUGCAAUCUUCACUUGCUAGGUUUUUUAGAAUAUUACCAUAGAAUAAGGAAUUAUACUACGUAUUGCUAUUACCUUUUAUUAUUAUUUAUUAUUAGCUGUUAAUUUUAUUAGCUUAAAAUACCAAUUCAAUACUACUGGAGUAAAUGUCAAAUUUAUUUGGGCUUAUAAUAAUCGCUAUGUAUUUUUGUUUUUUUUUCUGGGGUUUCUUUUUGUAUUUUUUCAUAUUUUUUUUAUCAGCAUUUAAACAUGGUACUCGGUGAUGCAUAAGAAACAAUAACAACAGUUAAAACAACAAAAAGAAACAUCCCCAUGUUAUUUGGUCGAGGCGAUGGUGUAAUUCUUGUAUCUCCCCAUGUGCGUGUUGGCAUGUAGUAUAAAUGAAUUAAUUCAUAAGUUUCUAUAAUAAAACUACUAAGUAAACAUUA